AAUUUCUCCUUCUAGUUGUGAACAAAGAAGUUGAAAAGUAAAAUUUUCUAUAGCAAUCACUGGAAAAGUCUUAUAAAACGUGAGCAGCCAUUUCUUUUUCCUCAUGUUUAACAAUUCUCAAGUGUGAUAUCUUUUGUUAGUCAAAACUGAAUCAACGUUCACACUUUGGACACCUCAAUCGAAUGAUAUAUUUUGCCAAACUCUUCUAAUACAUAGGUUUUCCAACCAACCUAGUCUACCAUUGAUGAGUUCUCACAAAUGCAUGCUCAAAACAUCCCUCUUCCUCGGCUCCACUCCAUCAUCGCCUUCCUAUGCUUCUUGAUCACGUCCUCGCCAUCCUAUGCCCAAGAGGAUAAACAGUAUUCCACUUGUAAUAGCUCCUACAGCUGUGGGAAUAUUCAAAAUAUCCGCUUCCCUUUCUGGGGUGGUGAUCGACCUCAAGAAUGUGGUCUUCCACAAUUCGAGCUUGAAUGCGAAGCCAAUCAGGAUCCCCUUAUACAUAUCGAUGGUCAUAAUUUCCGCGUACUUGACAUCAAUGGAGACAUCCAAACCAUGAGAAUUGCACGAAAUGAUCUUGAGGAAGACAUUUGUCCUGAUAGAUUCGGUAACACUAGCUUGAAUGAUGCCCUUUUCCGCUAUGGUCCUGACUUUGGGAUUCUCAUCCUGUUCUAUGCUUGUCCUUUUGAUAUACCUUCUGAAUGGAAAAAGUUCACCUUUACCUGCAAUAACACUGGAGAGUCCAGUCAUGGUUUCUAUCCAGAUGAGUCAUUUAUUUCAUACUGGGGACCAAAGUAUGGGAAUUGUGAGCGUAAUGUCACGGUUCCUGUGGUGCAAACGGCAUUUAAGCGGUUCCAAGACGAAGGAAGUACGAAGAUAUUGGAGCUAUUGAAGCAAGGGUUUGAUGUGGUUUACAACAAAAGCGUAUUUUGUAUGGCUUGUGAGAGGUCAGGGGGAUUAUGUUGGUCAGAGACAUAUUUUACGGAGCCAACUUGCCUUUGUCGGGACCGAACUUAUUCUAAUUACUGCGGUUUUCCCGAACCGGAACAAGGCAAUAAAAGAGAUUUCAGAGUGAAAGUUGCCGUAGGUGUAGUCGCAGCUGCAUUCACUGCCAUUGUGGCAUGUGUAAUUUUCUUUCUCUAUUAUCACCGACAGAAGAAAAGUCCUGGUUCGUCUUUGAUAUCCAGAAGCAUCCUUUCCAAUUCCUCCUCAACAAUGGACUCUGAAAAGGCUUCGCAUUAUUUCGGAGUUCACAUCUUCGACUACAAUGAACUGGAAGAAGCCACAAACAGUUUUGAUUCCAACAAAGAGCUAGGACAAGGUGGCUUUGGCACAGUAUAUAAAGGUAAACUUCGAGAUGGACGUGUUGUUGCUGUAAAACGUUUAUAUGAGAACAACUACAAGAGAGUUGAGCAAUUCCGAAAUGAAAUUGAAAUCCUCACUCGCUUGCGCCAUCGGAAUCUGGUUACCCUUUACGGAUGCACAUCUCGCCAUGGCCGUGAGCUUCUUCUUGUGUAUGAAUAUAUUCCCAAUGGCACAGUUGCUGAUCAUCUUCAUGGAGAAUGCUCAAAGCCUGGAUCACUUUCAUGGAAUACACGAAUGAGCAUUUCCAUUGAAACGGCAAGCGCGCUAGCCUUUCUCCAUAAUUCAGAGGUCAUUCACCGAGAUGUAAAAACUAACAAUAUCCUCCUAGACAGUAAUUUCUGCGUCAAAGUAGCUGAUUUUGGCUUGUCUCGGCUUUUCCCUACUGAUGUUACACAUGUCUCAACAGCUCCACAGGGUACCCCUGGAUAUGUUGAUCCCCAGUAUCACGAAUGCUAUCAACUCACCAGUAAAAGUGAUGUUUAUAGUUUCGGGGUGGUACUAAUCGAGCUUAUAUCCUCCUUGCCUGCUGUUGAUAUCUGUAGGCAUCGACAAGAAAUAAAUCUAUCAAAUAUGGCAAUUAACAAGAUUCAGAGCAACACAUUACAUGAGCUGGUUGAUUCAAAUCUUGGUUUUGACUCCAAUGACAAGGUAAAGUUGAUGAUCACUGCCGUGGCAGAGUUGGCUUUCCAGUGUCUUCAGAACGACAGGGAUUUGAGACCAUCCAUGCCAGAGGUUUUGGAGGCUCUACUGGGAAUUCAGAGUAUGGAUGAAACAGCAACAGAAAUAGAGAAGCCAAGUCCUGGUGAUGAUGCUGGAUUGUUGAAGAAUCACGUAGUAUCUCUCUCACCUGAUUCAAUUAUUACAAAAUGGACUAGCAGUAGAAGUUCAACAACAACUGCUUCCAGUAUUGGCUAAGUUUAUGCCCUCAGUUUGUCUAGCUUGUGGUUUUCUUGAUUGGUCACUGAAACCUGAAUUUUCGUGUCUUUUCUUUUGAGUACUUUGGACCUUUUUCUAUCUUAAAGAGAUUGUACAUAUCUCGUAUGCAGCAAUUUAAAUUUAACAAUACUAAUUCAAUUCAUUUCUUAAA